GCCAGCCAGCUUCUUCACCGACAGCGUCGAUUUCCUUGUUCUGCUCAACAAUCACCAUGUCCGAAUUCACCAUCCCCAAAGGUUCCACCGUCCUCAUCACUGGUGUGAAUGGCUACGUCGGUUCGUACACUGCAGAUCAGCUCCUGCUCUCGGGCUAUAAAGUUCGUGGCACCGUCCGCGAUGCCUCCAGGACGCAGUGGGUUCCCGAGCAAUUCAACAAGAAAUAUGGGCCAGGGAAAUUUGAGCUUGUCGUCGUCCCUCGCAUGGACGUUGAAGGGGCCUGGGAGGAGGCAAUCAAGGGCGUCAGUGGUGUAGCCCACAUCGCCUCCAUCGUUUCUCUUUCGCCAGACCCCAAUGCCGUGAUACCAGAAACUGUCGCCGGGGCCGUAGGCAUUCUCAAAGCAGCCUCCCGCGAACCCUCCGUGAAGAGCAUUGUCUUCACCUCAUCCGCGAUCGCCACAGGCGCCCUCCCGCAGCCAAACGUCGAGCGCACACUCACCGCCGACAGCUGGAACGACGAGGCCAGCAUCCUAGCCUGGGCUCCGCCGCCUUAUGAAGACCAGAGACGAUUGGCCGUUUAUGCUGCGAGCAAAACGGAGGCGGAGAAGACAUGUUGGAAGUUUGUUGAAGAGAUGAAGCCGAGUUUCAAGUUCAAUACAGUCCUGCCUUGCGCGGUUAUAGGUCCCCAGCUUCAUGCGAGUCAUGUUACGCCCGGUAGUCCUCUGACCUGGUUUAAGGUUCUCUUGGGUGGAGAUCUCGAAUGGGUCAAGUCGAACGCCGUCUCACCUUUCUGGUCCGUCGACGUUCGCGAUGUGGCUCGCCUACAUGUAGCGGCACUGAUCAACCCCACCGUCAAAUCGGAGCGCCUCUUUGCCUAUGGUAGUCCGUUCAACUGGAGCACCGUCCUCGAUAUCUUUAGGAGAACCUAUCCAGACAAGGUGUUCCCGGAGGACAUCGCUAAUGAGGCGAAGGAUUUGAGCGUUAUCUCGAGCAGAGAGCGCAGCGUAGAGUUGUUGAAAACCUUGGGGAGUAACGAGUUUAUCUCGUUGGAGGAAUCGCUGAAGGCUACUGUUCGAGACUUCGUCGUGUAGACACGAGUCC